AUGGGUGCACUUGCCAUUGUGAUUGCUUGUCUCAUAGUUAGUGGAUUUGGAUAUCCAAAGCAGCCUACGUUUCCAUUUUGUCAGUCACCUGUGUGCAAUUCUGGUGCAACCACUGGUUACCAAUGUCACAAUGGUGUCUGCGAUUACGUCUGCUCCAAUUCUCUGUGCCACGGCACCGGAAACACCGUAUUUUCCCAAAAAGGAAUGAAUGAGACGUGGGGUAUUGGAGCUCUUGGUGCGAAAGGAUGCAACGGCAGUGACUGCGGCUUCUGGAGUGGAUGCAUUAAUGGUAAAUGCAAAGACUUCUACGACUUCAAGCAGUGCCAUGCUAGUAAAUGCCUCAGUGGACCGUUCGAGGGCUAUGAAUGCACUGCUAAUGGUCAGUGCCGAAUUGUGUGCCGUGAUGAUGUUUGCCACUUGGUUGAAAAUUAUGGCAAAAGCUAUCACUCCUCAUCAGCCGAUCAAGGGAAACCAGAGUUUGAAACCGAGAUAAGUGUGAAAAAGGCAAAUAGUUUAGAUGAUCCGGUCAAAACAAUGACGGAAUUUGUGGAAAAUAUGGAUCCCAAUGAUUUGGAAAUGCUAAUGGAGUCUACACCGAACGUUGAUGAAAUGAUUAUGGGCCUUGAUAGCGAAGUUAUCAAAACCAUUGUCCCAAAGCUACCAAACGCAAGUAAAUUGAUGAAGAAGUUAAAACCUGAAACAAUUCAGCAUAUUAAUUCACUAUUAGCUUCCAAAGAUCAAAAAGCAGAAGAGGAAAUGCCCGAAGAAGAAAAAGCUGAGGUGGAAGAACCCAAAAUAGAAAGAUCAGAGGCGCAAAAUUUCAAGGAGACAAAACCUGAAGAAGUAAAAUCAGUGGAAGAAAAGCUUAAGGAAGAAAAGCCUAUAGAAGAGAAACUAAAAGAGGAAAAACCCAAAGAAGAGGUACAAGUGAAGGAAGAAAAGCUUGAAGAGCCCAAAGAAGAAGUGCCUUAUUUACCAUAUGAAACGUGCAAAGAGUUGGGCGAUGACUGGGUAUUGGUUGACGAAGUAGUGGAUCAAGAUGCUCAGACGCUCAUGAAUGUUCUUCAAAGUCUCAACGUUCCUAUGUUCACGCUGCCAAGUGGCUCACAAAUUUACGCUUUUAAUCCCAUGAAGCCUCCGCAAUCCCAAAUCCUUACUCCUUCCACUCUCGUUUCCAUUCUAAGUCCAACUGUACUCCAAUCAAUGCUUUUGAAUAUUCCAAACCUCAAACAACUUAUGCUGUCAAUGGAUCCAAUUCUACUUCACUCUGCUUUGAAGAAUACGCCGGGCAUCAGUGGUUUCGCUUCCAGCACGGACCCGCAAGCACUACAGUCACUGAUUAAAGGUCUGCCAACCGUCAAAAGUGUUGUGGCGAGUAUGGAUCCAAACAUUCUUAAGUCUCUUGUAAUGAAUAUAUCCAACCUUGAUAAUAUUUUAUAUGGCAGCAAUCCAGCUAUUCCACCAACAAAGGAUUCAAAUGUGAAGAUCGAGGAAAUAAGCGCUGUUAAACCUCUUUCUUUGAUGGCGAAAUCCUCCAUUGAAAUGCCAGGUGUAAUGGAUUUUGUUAACUUCAACGAUACAAAAGCAAUUUUGUCAACUGUACCAAGUAUUCCGCUCCACUACGCCAAUGCCCUGUUUAAUGCGGACCCCGCUUUUGUUCGAUACGUGGUAGAAAAGCACCAAAACCUCAAUGGCCUUUUAACGAAUAUGAAUGGCCAGACACUGCAAUACAUCGCUUCGCACGUCCCUGCAUUUGGCAAAAUUUUGUCGAAAAUGAAUUCUUAUACUUUGGAAAUGGUUUUUGACAAAAUGCCAAAGAUUGCUGAGUACUUGGAAUCUCUUAGUCCCGAGGUAGUUCAAGCUCUUGUGGCCAAAUUACCCUCUCUUGCAAAGUAUACGCCUAUAGUACCGAUUGCACCUUCCUUGCUGAAGCAGCCCAAACUCCAGCCUCGGAUUUCCGAAGAAGUAUCGACGACAGUUGCAACAGAAGCACCAGCAAUCACAGAAGAAGAGGUAAAAACAAUGAAGUCAAAAAUACCCCUCAUCGAUUUGUGGUUGAAGUUUACAGAUUCAAAUAAGAUGGCGGCUCUACGUGAAUUGGUUCCUGAUUACCCAAAAAUAUUCGCCAAUUUGGAGCCAUCAAAGCUGGAGGCGAUCAAUUCACAUCUAUCAAACAUUAGCAACAUUAUCAAUGCUGUUGAUAAUGAACUUUAUAAAAGUUCUCUUUUAAAGUUGAAAGAAUCCGGCAGUGUUCUCGGUGCUUUGGUUUCAAUGCUUUUAUAA